AUGCGGACCCACACAGGCGAGAAGCCAUACAAGUGCGACCUCUGUCCUGCAAAGUUCACCCGCAACACGACCCUGAGAAAGCACAAGCAGAAGCACACCGGAAAGGAGCCUGUUCAGCUAGAGAGGGACGCUACAGUUUUACAAGCCGACACCUACGGGCACGAAGCCAUGCAAAUGCGAUGGGAGUUCAGCCAGAGCGGGAGCUUACAGCAGCACAAGGAGACAUACACAGAUGAGAAGCCCUACAAGUGCGAUCUCCGUCCUGCACAGUUGAGGCACAGCCCGGGCCUGUCGAAUAACAGGCAGACACACACGGGCGAGAAGACAAGCGAGAAGCAGUACAAGUAUGAUCUCUGUCCUGCGGAGUUCAACAAGAGCAGGAAGCUGUGGAAUCAGAGCAAUAGGUGGAGACAUGAGGGCGUGAAGCCGUACAAGUGCGAUAUCUGUCCUGCAGACCUCAGACAGAGCAAGGGAGCAAGAGCAAGCACUGGUUUGCUCCACAUAAAGGACCAGCCCAGAGGCAUUUGUGAUCAAGACUCUUCGGAUUGUACUUCUCCAGAGGCACAGUUCAAGAUCAGCACAAUGACUGUUGAACCACAGUUCGACAACGCUCUAUCAGUCACUACGAACGGUGGACCCACUGAGCGACUUUCAGACCAGAGCGAGCCAUGUGCACUUGCAUACACAUCGAAAGACAGCCUGAAACAGCACGUAUUUGCACAGUGUCACAGUGAGUCUGAAAUGUGUGCCGUUACUUCUUCACCGAAUGAUCAGAUGGGAGAUGAGAGUCUUACGUACAACAUCUGUCCCCCUGCAUUCGCACCGACUGGGAGUGAUGAAAGCCUCGUGUCAAAGCGUACUAACAAGAAGCCAUGUAAGUCCGAUCUCUGUCCUGGACAGUCCCACCUAAGGAAGAGCCUGCGGUGCCACAAGCAAGCACAGACGGGAGACAAGCCAGACAGGAGUGAUAUCUGCCCCGCGAAGCUCAGCCAAAUCACGCAUCGGCGGCUUCACAAGCUGACACAGACAAGCGAGAAGCUGUACAAGUGCAAUGUGUGCCCUGCGGAGUUCAGUCUGAGAGGGAAACUGCAGCAGCACAAACGGACACACACAGGCGAGAAGCCAUACAAGUGCGAUGUCUGCCCAGCACAGUUUAGGCAGAGCACUAACCUACGGAAGCACAAGCGGAUACACACAGGCGAGAAGCCAUACAAGUGCGAUGUCUGCCCUGCUAAGUUCAGCCAGAGCAGUAACCUAAGGCGACACAAGCGGACACACACGGGCGAGAAGCCGCACAAGUGCUGUGUUUGCCAUGCUAAGUUCAGUGAAAUUGUGACCCUACAGCGUCAUGAACGAACACACACAGGCGAGAAGCCAUACAAGUGUGAUGUCUGUCCUGCUAAGUUCAGCCAGAGCAGUAACCUAAGGCGACACAAGCGGACACACACGGGCGAGAAGCCGCACAAGUGCUGUGUUUGCCAUGCUAAGUUCGGUGAAAUUUCGACCCUACAGCAUCAUGAACGGACACACACAGGAGCACCAGGAAACGAUCUUAUGAAGGUCAUCUUGGAAGGCAAUUUGUUCUGA